AUGACUUUUGUUCGAUUCUUUAAGAGCAUUCUUACCUUGGGUCUUCAGGUCGCCUUGUUGGCACCAGCUGUACUAGGGCAAGAUGCCCCGUUGUUCAUCCAGGGCGCGUUGGAAGAUGCCACAGUUAGCGGGGAUGCCUACAACACAGGUGGCUCCAUAACCGUGAACGGUUUCUCUAUGAAUGUUCCAGAGAACCUCUUGGUGCAGUUCCCCGCCGCCUGGGUCCCAUGGAAGACAUUCGUCGAGAGCAAGGACAAGUUCCUCGGCUUUGAAACAUUGGCUAUGGGCAAUAGCAUCAAUGGAGUUCCAAGGAUUGGCCAAGUUCAGAUCUACGAAUUCUUUGAAGGAUUGGCGAGUGGAUUCAUUGAGUCCAUUGACCAUGCGGACGGAAGCAUGAAGAUCCAAAACGGGCCGACCUUGCGCAUAAACGAUCCCAAUGGGGUGUUCUCCGUUGGCUACACAGGUUCGCCCUUGAUGACUGCCGACGACAUCAGCCCCAGCAUUUCGUCUUUCUCAGGCUUUCCGAUGUGCAUUCCACGGAACCUGACCGACCCUCUCUGCCCAAUGACCAAUCGGCCUUUCCAAGGCCCAGGCACUUUCACUGCACCAGAUCCUCUUGUCAUGGCCCCCUUCCUCCCUGGAGACUUCAUUACUUUUUCCGGAUUUCGCCAAGGUAACGAAUUGAUCGCGUACAGUAUCGUCGCCCAGAAUGUCAUGAUCACAACGCUAGGAGAUAUUGUCUAUGUGCGCAUGGAACUCGGCCGGUUGGGGAUCGACAAUCCCAGUCCUAAUGCGGAGAUAGCAGAGUCCAGAUUCAUCGGAUUUGUAUCGAAUCCGCGCGCCACAGUCUCCCUCUACGCUGUCGAUGUCGAUCCCUGCACAGGCAAGACCACCGACCGUAUCGUUGCCAGUAUGGGUCUCCGCGGCGGCCGCAACCCGCAAAACAAGUUUGAAUAUCGCAACGAUAUCUUGACUGGUUACGCUCGCGAGUACAAGGCUAUAGCGGAGAUCAAUGGAGUCGCCAAGACGCGGGUUACCCGCAACGGUAUCGUUGCUGGGGAGUACGUCCAGCCGAUCAACGUCUGGGUGCCCGGCGAGCAAGACGUCCCUGGCGUGCCGCCCGUUCCACUUGACUUUUCUCAAAUGGCCUGGCUGACAAACGGCGUUGGACGUGAUGCCGAUGGCAAUCUCUGGGGGCCGAUCAACCCGUUUCCCCAGAGUGGCGUCUUUAUUGACCCGCCUGUCUGCCCGAAUACCUCGGCCACAGCGUUCCAGGGAGUUACUAACUCUUCGACGAGCUCGGAGACCUCCAGCUUGAACAAGCGAGGCAGUGUCGGUCGCUGGUCCAGCCGGGCACGUCUAGAGGCAAAGGCAGAUGCCGAAAACAAGGGCACGACGGACCCUCCCCUGAUGAGAAUUGCUCCGCAGCCGAAGAGGGUCGAUCUUUCUUCCCACUAG